AUGCAACAGGUGGGCAUUUCCGACAUCGACGUGUUGUUCUGUUACAGCAGCUCGUUCCCUGCCUUUGGCGACCUCCUCACCGAAUUUUCCUACACCCUCGGACACAAGCUUCAACCUGGUGCUCAGGUCAUCACAACCGACCGUCGCUUGGUAUCCGAUGGUCCCUGGGAGUUUGCUCUGCUAGGAGAGCGCGAGGGCAGAAAUUCCGAGACCGGCGGCAAGUCGAUCGCGUACAUCUGGGAGGUUGUACGAUCAGCGCUGUGA